AUGGACAACAUGAACUCGUUUGUGGAGUACUCCAUUUGUAACCGACCGGGGACCGGCGCUUAUGCUGCCCCGAAAUCCGGUUACAACCAUUAUCAUCACCAUCUGCAUCACCAUCCUCUGGAGCAGCAUCAGGGCUUUCCGGUGACCUCCGGCUCCUUCCACUCGGGGCCCACCGGCUCUUCGGCUCCCGUUAAAGAGACGAGAGGUGAGAGCGGCGUCGGAGGAACGACUUACACCGGGGAUGCGCGACUGUACGUGGGCUCUGGAGCGCACGGGACGACCCAACAGCAGCAGCAGCAGCAUCAGCAACAUCAUCAUGACCAGCACCAGCAGACGCACAACGGCUACCAUCAUCAACUUCACCCAACCCAGAGCUUACAAAGUGGAACACUGUCUGCCUACAAUAACGGGAAUAGCGGCAGUACCGGGGCUUAUGCAGGUCAGGCGUGCGCCACAAACCCGGAGUAUUCUAACGCGGUAGGCCCUCCCAACACCGUUCACCCCCAGUAUUUCAUAGAGGAGCCCGUGGCCUCCACCUACUAUCAUCAAUCAACCUUCCCCAGCUUGGCCUCCACCGUCGGCCCCAGCUACGGGGCCCUGGCCGGGGCCUACUGCGGGCCUCAGGGCGCUCUGGCCGGCCCACAGUACCCGCAGCAGCUGAGCGGGGGUCUGGACGCAGCGGGCUACCUGGGGCUUCAACACGGGGGAGGUUACGGGGAGCUGCCGGUCUCCCAGGACCGAGAGAGGGGAGAAGAGGAGGGCCAGCAGACCGGGCAAGGACAGACCUUCGACUGGAUGAAGGUGAAGAGGAACCCGCCUAAAACAGCGAAAGUGACGGACUUCGGCCUCGCGGGAGCGCACAACAACGCCAUGCGCACAAACUUCAGCACGCGGCAGCUCACGGAGCUGGAGAAGGAGUUCCACUUCAGUAAGUACCUGACGCGGGCGCGGCGCGUGGAGAUCGCCGCCACGCUCGAGCUCAACGAGACGCAGGUGAAGAUCUGGUUCCAGAACCGGCGCAUGAAGCAGAAGAAGCGCGAGCGGGAGGGCGCCACCGCCACGGCGCGCUCCUCUUCCUCCUCCUCCUCCUCUGGGGCCGACGGAGGCUUCAACAAGGACCCGGACGACACCGAUCACUCCUCCGCGUCCACGUCUCCGGGCGCGUCCCCGAGCUCGGAGACGUAG